GGCCGACAGUGGACUGACUUGCUAGAUAGACUUUGGUAGAUGUCAGUGCAGUGGGUGGACUGGUUCAGCUGAAGUUGUAGUCUUGAACUGCAGUUGAGCUCAUGGUUAAAUAAUAAUAAACACUAUUAAGCAUUGCCGUUGAACAUCCAAAGCAACAUCGGAUCUUUCUACUGCUGAUCUCCGUCAAUUAUAUGUGGGUAUGGCACUGUGGAUUCAGGCCCAGCAGCUUCAGGGAGACGCUCUUCAUCAGAUGCAGUCUCUGUACGGGCAGCACUUUCCCAUUGAGGUGCGACACUAUCUGGCGCAGUGGUUGGAGAUGCAACAGUGGGACGCAAUAGACCUGGAGAACCAGCAGGAUGAGUUUAAAGCCAAGCGUCUGUUAGAUGCUCUGAUCCAGGAGCUCCAAAGAAAAGCAGAACAUCAGAUGGGUGAAGAUGGCUUCCUGCUGAAGAUCAAACUGGGUCAUUACGCAUCACAACUGAAGAGUGCAUAUGACCCUUGUCCUCUGGAGCUUGUGCGGUGUGUCAAACACAUUCUGUACAUGGAGAGAAGACUUGUACAGGAAGCAACAAAUGUCAGUAGUUCAGUUUCUGGUCCAGUGGACGGAACCCCUCAAAGAUACCAGCAGAUCAAUCAGACAUUUGAGGAGCUGCGCGUCAUGACACAGGACACUGAUAACGACCUGCGCAAGCUGCAGCACAGUCAAGAGUACUUCAUCAUACAGUACCAGGAGAGUCUAAGGAUACAGGCUCAGAUAAACAGUUUGUCUAACAUCCCUCCGGCGGAGCGUACGCAGAGAGAAACCGGUCUACAAAGCAGGAAGUCCACACUAGAGGCCUGGCUCUCAAGAGAAGCCAACACCUUACAGAAAUAUAGACAGGAGCUGUCAGAGAAGCAUCAGAGGACUCUAACUCUGUUAAGGAAACAGCAGACUGUGAUUGUGGAUGAUGAGCUGAUUCAGUGGAAGAGACGGCAACAGCUUGCAGGAAAUGGAGGACCAGUGGAGGGUGGACUGGAUAUUCUGCAAGCUUGGAGUGAGAAGUUGGCUGAUAUGAUCUGGCAGAACAGACAGCAGAUCCGUCGAGUUGAACACCUGACCCAGCAGCUGCCCAUACCUGGACCAACCGAAGAACUGCUCACUGAGCUCAACGCCACUGUCACCGACAUCAUAUCAGCUCUCGUCACAAGCACGUUCAUUAUUGAGAAACAGCCUCCUCAAGUGCUCAAGACGCAGACCAAGUUUUCAGCGACAGUGCGUUUGCUGGUCGGAGGGAAACUGAACGUGCACAUGAAUCCUCCACAGGUUAAAGCCACAAUCAUCAGUGAACAGCAGGCCAAGGCCUUAUUGAAGAACGAGAACACUCGCAAUGACAGCAGUGGAGAGAUUUUGAAUAACAACUGUGUGAUGGAGUACCACCAAACCACAGGAACACUGAGCGCACACUUCAGAACGAUGUCUCUUAAGCGCAUAAAACGUUCAGACCGGCGUGGGGCAGAGUCAGUGACUGAAGAAAAGUUUACAGUUCUGUUUGAGUCGCAGUUUAGCGUGGGGGGAAAUGAACUUGUCUUUCACGUCAAGACAUUAUCCCUGCCUGUUGUGGUUAUCGUUCAUGGAAGUCAAGACAACAACGCUACAGCGACAGUACUCUGGGACAAUGCAUUCUCUGAGCCAGGUCGUGUGCCAUUUGUGGUGCCUGAUAAGGUGUUGUGGCCGCAGCUGUGCGAAACUCUGAACAUGAAGUAUAAAUGUGAAGUUCAAAGUGAACGAGGACUGUCAGAAGAUAAUCUGGUGUUCCUUGCUCAGAAAGCCUUCUGCAGCUCCAGCAACAACCCUGAAGACUACUGCAAAUUGAACAUCACUUGGUCUCAAUUCAACAGGGAGAGUUUGCCCGGCCGGAACUUCACAUUCUGGCAGUGGUUUGAUGGAGUCAUCGAACUCAUGAAGAAACAUAUGAAGUCUCACUGGAAUGAUGGAGCGAUUAUAGGUUUUCUGAACAAACAGCAGGCCCAGGACAUGUUGAUGUCUAAACCCAAUGGCACGUUUCUGCUCCGCUUCAGUGACUCUGAGAUCGGGGGCAUCACAAUUGCAUGGGUGGCAGAGAACCCAAACAAAGCAGGUGAGCGGAUGGUGUGGAAUCUGAUGCCCUUCACCACUAAAGACUUCAGCAUUCGCUCACUCGCUGACCGCAUCAGUGAUAUCAAUCAUCUGCUCUUCCUCUAUCCAAACCAGCCUAAAGAGGAAGUGUUUUCACGAUACUGCACGCCGCCAAACUCUAAAGCAGUGGGGGAUGGAUAUGUCAAACCAGAAAUCAAGCAGGUGGUGAAGUUUGAGUUCUCUUCGCCCAAUCCCGAACCGUCUCCUGGGAAUUCCUCAAUCAUGGAGCACACAGCGUCACCCACUGUCAGUCAACAGCACAGCUUCACAAUCUAUCCGUCCAUGAAUGACUCUAUGUUGGACGCGGAGGGAGAGUUUGAUCUGGAUGAGACUAUGGACAUGGCCCGACAGGUGGAGGAGUUCCUCCGGCAGCCCAUGGAAACCCAGUGGAGUGGACAACAGUCAUGACCAUUAACAACUCUAUCUCUCACCCUAUCCACAUUAAGAACUCCAUGCUUUCCAUUACAGAUUUUAUCUUAACAAAUGUGAAAUGUUUCUGUGUGAUGUUUGUUAGGCCGAUCAGUGGAUGUGUAAUUGCCUCUGCAUUUUAUAUGACAGAUUUCGUCUCAUUAACUAGUAAACAACAGUAGAAUUUACAUUAGGGAAAGAUUAUUGAUAGGCAUCAAUAACUUGGUAGCCUUACUUGUUAAAUGUUGGUUUCCCAACACUUCUGCCUCGUCAUUGGUCAGACAAACAGGUGGUCCUACCCCAAACUCGCAUCAUUGGUUAAGUCAGAAAUGUAUAUGUUGGACAUUAGUUAAACAAAUGUUUUGAAUGCACUGCAGUGUCUUAAACCAGAGACUAUGUAGCAGAGAUGGGCCACUUCUAUUCAAAUGAAUGGGAAAAUUGGAACAGUCAAUGGAUGUAGAAAGGAAGUUCCACCUUAUAGGUAAAAGAGCCAAUCACCUUUUAGAUACAGACAUUGCCUGUCAAUGCUAGCUAUACAAGCCGGGAAAAUUGAGUUUUUUAGGGUAAUAUGAUGUAAAGAAGCAUAUUUUAUGAUUCCAGUGUUGUCAGAUAUUACUGCUUGUUUUAGAUAUAAUAUUGACCAUCCAUUUUGGAGAUUUCGGUCUUUCCCAAUUCAAGUCAAUAAGAGCUGCACUUUCAUAACUGGAAAUAGCUUCCCGGUAGCAUUCCAAAGAUGGCCGCCAGUGGACCUUCUUUCUAGAAAGACUUUGUCUUAAACUGACGGCAGUGUACAUGUUCAAAAGUGAAACAGCUCACACGAAUACUAGAUUUUCGAUUUUCUUAUGUAUUUAUUUGGCUUGGGUAGUACACAAAAUAAAAAAGCUGUUUCUUAUACAAUUACAGUUGCUGUGUAUGAGUAAACAAAUAUCUAUAUUGUAAACAGAUGUUAGCAAUGUGUUGUUUAAACUCAACCCUUGAAUUAAGGGCUAGAAUAGAAUGUACUUAAAGGAAUAUUCAGGGUUCAAUACAAGUUCAACUCAAUCAACAGCAUUUGUAGGAUAAUGUUGAUUACCAUAAAAAUUAUUUAGAACAGUUUCUUUAAAAACAGCAAAUAUUUAGGUUACAGUGAGUCACUUACAUGCUGCAUCCAAAGCAGAUAUUGCUGCCUUCGGAGGCUGUAUACAGAAGUACUGUAGGAAGGGAUGAAGGAACGUUUGGAUCCAGUGUUCACGUCACAUCCUGUCUACUAAGAAACCUUCAUCUGAUAAAUUUUUGAAGGCAGGAUAGAUUUAUCCUUCACUGCCUAUAAAAUCCCACAGUCCUGUGCAUAUGGAUCCACAUUGGUUGAACUGAAGAAAAAAUGGCAGCCAAAGAGGCAGUUGAUAGUCAGUUUGUGUAUAAAUGUUAGUUUUAUCCACUUUUCCCAACUUUUGAUACCAUUUCUAGCAAGAAAGUAGUAUUGUAGUUAUUACAUAUAUGCUUGGUUAUCGCCAAAACUCUCUUGAUUUUUUUCCUAGAUGAAUAGACUUUUGUGGCUCAGCUGGACUGAAUGAAUGCUGGUAUCCUAGCAACAAUAUGAUGUAGUGUUGCCUCGGAAGCCUGUCGGAAACAAGGAGGGUUUGUUGACAUUACGUUGUCAUGGUAACAAAGAUGUAGAAUUGGCUAUAACUUUAGUCAGAAAAGGUUGGUAAGUGAUUUUAUCACACUAAAACUAAAUGUCUUGUGGCUAUUCUUUUGAAAUGGUGAGUAUUUUUACAUUUACGGAUUGGUCCCAAUUCACUUCCAUUGUAAGUGCUUUUUUUUUUUUUAAAGGAGGGACAAUCAAAUGACAUUUUUGUGAUAAUCAAUAUGAUGCCACAGAUGUUGUCGAUUGAGCUUAACUUGUAUUUAAAGGAAUAGUUAACUCAAAAAAUGUAAUCCAUACAAUGCAAGUAAACAGGUGCCAUCAGACUGCUGGCUGUUUGACAUUCCAAAAGGCAUAUUUAGGCAGCAUAAAAGUAAUCCACCCAACUCACCCAAAGUUAAUGUAAAAAAAAAAAAAAUUAUAAUUUUAUUAACUUAAAAAAAAAAACACUUCCUGCUAGCAGUUAACGCAUCACGGAUCUGUCGUGCAAUGGUAUAUUCACACGAGAAGUCGGAUGCGCGUACUUUGAAUAGUAACUAUUUAAAGUUAAAAAUAAAACAAUUAAUAUCGAUUUAUUUAUUUCAUUUAAACAUAUACAUUUUUUAUUUUAAUUGAUCGACUGGAGACAUGUGGAUUACUUUUAUGCUGCCUUAAUAUGUCUUUUGGAAUGUCAAACAGCCAGCAGUCUGAUGGCACCUGUUUACUUGCAUUGUAUGGACAAACAGAGCUGAAAUGUGCUUAUAAAAUCUUUGUUUCAGUUCUGCUCAAGAAUUUUGACUGCAGGUUGCCCAUGUCUUUGUGUUGAUUGUGCAAUGUCUAGAUUCAUCAUAUUUAACACAUGACCUCCACUUACAUUCACACCUCAGUUUCUGUACUAAUGCUAGGAGCUACUUUUAAUUACAAACAGUUAAUCAUGUUAGUCAUAAAGAGCCUUUUGUUUUCUCUCAUAUCUAGGGAUUCAUUUUAAUGCGAUUUGGCAUGUUCUGUAUUGCGUUCACUUGAAAGGCGAUGCAUCUAAUUUCACAUGAGCAGUCUACCUGUACAUUUAACCAACUGAGGUUAAUCCAGUAGUUCUACCAAUGUCUAAUGUUUGUAUGCAGAUUGUCUGGCAUUGUUAAAUCCCAUCAGAUUUAUUUAUCUUUUUUGCUAUAAAUCUUUACAACCAAUAGGGCUCACAAGAUAGAAGUCAAAACACAAGUCUGUUGAGUUGUCUUAAAGCUCAUGAGCCUUUAUCUUGGCCACACGAUAUCUUCAAAUCUUUCAUGAAUCUUUGUGUUUAUUGAAUAUUUUAGCUAAUCUGAUUUAGCAUUCUUUUUUCCUUGUUUAAGUCCAUUCUGCAGAUUAUACCCAUUGCAGAAAAUGUGAAAAUAAAUCUACUGAGAUCAUCUGGACCGAGCCAUAAUCUCACACACUUUAUGAACCCCCCAAAAACCCAUAAUGCUUCAUGUCCUAAGGCCCUUUUUUAUUAUUAUUAUUUUAAUUUUUGUUUGACUUUUGAGCACUUAUAUAAAAAAAAUUCUUAACAGCUAUCUCAGUGAUUUAAUACAUUACCAACACUUCUGAUCCCUCAUGUCAGUCAAAAUACAGUUCCAUAAAAAUAGAUCUCUGGAAAAACAGAUGUUAAAGAGUUGUCUUAAGUAACUAUAUAGACACACACACACAUACAUUAUAUAUAUAUAUAUAUAUAUAUAUAUUUUCACUGAUUAGCCACAACAUUAAAACCACCGACAGGUGAUGUGAAUAACAUUUAUUAUCUCAAUGGUACCUGUCAAGAAGACGUUUUAUUUAUAUAGUGCCUUUCCCAAAGCUCAAGGUCGCUUUACAAUUAUUUCAUUUCAGAAAUGCAUAUAUAAAAAAGGUUACUGAAAGUGUACUCCAAAUAGAAACGUUUUCAGCUGGUUCGUAUAUAUUAGGCAGAAAGUAAUGAACCGUCAGUUCUUGAAUUUCAUGUGUUGGAAGCAGGAAAAAUGGGCAAGCGUAAGGAUCUGAGCUGCUUUGACAAGGGUCAAAUUGUGAUGGCUAGACUACUGGUUCAGAGCACAAUCUCCAAAAUGGCAGGUCUCGUAUAGUGUUCCAGGUAUGCAGUGGUUAGUACCUACCAAAGGUCCAAUGAAGGACAAUCGGUGAACCGGCGAUAGGGUCAUGGAUGACAAAGGCACAUUGAUGCAUGUGUGGAGCGAAGGCUAGCCCGUCUGGUCUGAUCCCACAGAAGAGCUACUGUAGCACAGAUUGCUGAAAAAAACUUAAUGCUGGCCAGGUGUCAGACCACGCAGUGUGUCGGAGUCAGAGUGUCCAUGCAGACCCCUCUCCACUACCGAAAGCGCCUACAAUGGGCACAUGGGCGUCAGAAUUGGACAAUGGAGAAAUGGAAGAAGGUGGCCUGGUCUGAUGAAAUGCAUUUUCUUUUAGAUCGUGUGGAUGGCUGGGUGCAUGUGCAUCCUUGACCUGAGGAAGAGAUGGCAGCAGGAUGCACCAUGGGAAGAAGGUGUGAUGCACUGGGCAAUGUUCUGCUGGGAAACCUUAGGUCCUGGCAUUCAUGUGGAUAUUACUUUGACACAUACCACCUACCUAAAUAUUGUUGCAGACCACGUACACCUCUUCACGGCAACGGUAUUCCCUGAUGGCAGUGGCAUCUUUCAGCAGGAUAAUGCGCCCUGCCACACUGCAAAAAUUUUUUAGGAAUGGUUUGAGGAACAUGACGAAGAGUUCAAGGUGUUAACUUGGCCUCCAAAUUCCCUAGAUUUUAAUCUGAUUGAGCUUCUAUGGGAUGUGCUGAACUAACAAGUCCAAAACAUGGAGGCCCCUCCUCAUAACUUACAGGACUUAAAGGAUCUACUGUUAAUAUCUUGGAGCCAGAUACCACAGACCUUCAGAGGUCUUGUGGAGUCCAUGCCUCGACGGGUCUGAACUGUUUUGGUGGCACGAGGGGGACCUACACGAUGUUAGGCAGGUGGUUUUAAUAUUGUGGCUGAUCCGUGUAUAUACAUACACAAACAUACUCGUAUAUGACGAUAUAGCUACCAUUGCCAUAAUGCUGUCUAAAGAAAUAUAUCUUUUAAAACGUAUAUAAUCACAAUGCUAUUGCGAUGCAGAUUUUUUGUGCUUGAGUUGUCUUCAGAGCAACCAUAACAUGUUUUAAUUUGAACCUGGUGUGAUGGUUUGUUUUUUUAAGUCUAUCUUUUUGUUCUAUUUGUUUUAAUCUGCUUUAUGAACAUUAUUUGUACUUUCAUUUUGUGUAACAUUGUUAUAUUCUAUAUUGUCAAUCUAACUCCUGUAUCUUGUCAUUCGGUUCUUCUGUUAGAUGUGCUCUUGUUUAUAGUUUUAGCUCAAGUUUGUUUUAGUUGGGAGAUAAAAAUGGAAAUAAUGGUUUAUAAAUCGUUUAAUAAAACUACUUUUCAGACCCUUUUUUUUUUUUUUUUUUUUUUCAUACAGUGGCCCCAAAAAGUAUUUGGGCACACAAAUUAUUAUUUUUGUAAAUGUUAUUCUGUAAGAUAAAAUGAAUUCUUCAAA